CAUAAUUGCAUUACUACUGCAUGCGUUCAUCACAAAAAACGAAAUCUUUGACCAGUUCCAAUUUCUCCUUUCGUAGCGUAUUUUUGACAAGAAAGGGAGAAUCCCAAAAGAAAGCUUUUUUUUUCUCUAAAAAUAUUAAUGUCGGUUUCCUUCAGGAACAUGUCGUCUACAGCCACGGAUGGUGCUCCUCCAAAACCCUCACCGGCCGUUGCCGAAAUGACAACGCAGGACAAAAGGGCUGCUAUGCACGCUAUGAUUCAAGCUGCCGUCGCAAAGCUGCCCGCCCUCCCGGAUACGCUUGAGGAAUUUGAGAUCCAGGUCCCGGCCCACGACGGAUGGCAGUCCCCGACAAAGAUCGUGCGUCCCAGAACUCAUGUUGAUGCGGACCGUUCCCUCAUCGUGCACUUCUACGGCGGUGGCAUGAUCGUGGGCGAGCCGGACCAGUUGCUCAGUGUCGCCAGGACAUUUGCGGGGACCUACGGCGCUGUGGUAGCGCUGCCCAGCUAUCGCCUCGUUCCGGACGUACGGUUCCCCAUCCAAGCGAAGGACGCCUGGGAGGUGCUUGUGUGGCUCUCGCGCAAUGCCGAGGCCGAGCUGGGCGCAAAGCUCGACAACGGCUUCAUUGUCGGUGGCGUAAGUGCCGGAGCCGCGCUUGCGAGCGUAUGCGGUGGUCUUGCCAUGUUCCCCGAUGCUGCAGAUGCCCAGGAGGCGCCCAUGUUGGCAAAGCCGCUCACCGGUCAAUUUCUAUCUGUCCCUUCCGUAGCCAUGGAUGAAACAGUGCCCAUAGAGUACAAGCAGUUUUUCACCUCGAGAGAUGAGAACAGGCACGUGGACGGCUUCAACACCAGCGCGUUAGAUGACGUGUUCCGGAGCCUUGGUUGCGACGACUACCGCUCGUUAUGGUUCUCUCCCUUUGCAACCUUGGUCCAACGUGAACCAGUGAACAAGAUCCCUACUUACUUAGACUGUUGCGGUCUGGAUCCGUUGAGAGACGAUGCAAUCGUUUAUGAGAAAGUGCUGAAGUCCAGAGGUGUGCCAACAAAACUCUAUCUAUUUUCUGAGGAUAAGCACAGCAGCUGGACAACUCUCGAUGCGCCGACAAAGGCGAGAGCGCCUACCAUCAAAGAAGCACAGAUGGAAGGCAUGAAGUGGUUAUUAACACGACCUUUGUAGGCAACAAGACGUAUAGUUUAACACGUUGAACACAUGUGAACAUAACAUUCGCCCCAGUCGUCAUAUGAAGAGCUGCACACAUCAUCUAAAGCUUCAGUACUUCUGAUAUAAAC